AUGCCAGCCGCGGCGUCAACACCAGGCGCAAAGCCUGCACCCAAGAAGGGCAUCCUAAAGAAAACCAAAGCCGCCGCCCUUCCCCAAAAUACAGAAAAAGGUGGCGCGAUAUCUGCCGACGAGGCGCGCCAGGUGGCCAUCCGCCACGCAACCAUAAUACAACAGCAAAAGGCCAUCCACCAAAAGGUUCUGGACGACCUGAUCGAGCUGUCGGAGCACCCCCGGGUCCGCGGAGCGGACUACAGCGCCGCUAGCCCGGCGGCCAGCGACGUAACCGAGUUCAAGACCAAGGUGCGCACAUUCCAGCCGACCGACUACGACGACCUGAUCGAGGAGCGUAACGUCAAUGGCCUGUGCGGCUACGCCCUCUGCGCGAAGCCCAGGAAGAGGUACGGUCCGGGCACAUUCAAGGCCGUGAACCAGGGCAGGCCAGACUUCAAGAUCAUGCCGAUCGAGGAGCUGGAGAAGUGGUGCUCACAGGACUGCGCGCGGCGGGCGCUGUACGUCAAGGUCCAGCUCAACGAGACGGCCGCUUGGGAACGCAUCGGGAUCCCGGAUAUUGAGAUAGAGCUCAUGGGCGAGAAGGAGACGGGCAAGGGCAGCGAACUCGCUGCGGACAUUGGCCGCCUCAAGCUGGAAGAAGAAAAGAAGGCAGAGAAGUCGUCGACACUGGCUUUAGAGCGUGGCGAUACUACGGAGCGGUCAAAAGGCUCAACCAAUUUGGUGGACUUUAUGAUUCGGGAGAAGAAAACCACAGCGGUUCCGGAGCCACCAAGUUUAGAGGCAGAGGAGGAUGACGACGAUGGAGAUGACAUGCUUCUCGAAGGCUACAAACCACGCUUUAGAUAG